UAUCGUGAAAAAUCUCACUCUUUCGCACCAUACACUGUGUUUUGGUUUGCCUAAAAGCCCUUGUUGUUUCUACAGUUUCUGCACUAGCUCCUGCCAUGCAAGGCUGGUUUUAAGCUGUAUUUGUGUCGGCGGCAAUUAACUAAUCUAGCACCCUAUGGCCUGUGGGGGUUGAGAGGUAAUCUUGAAUGGCGUAAUAAGAUUUAAGUGUCUACUACCACUAUUGACUACUGCUCGGUGGCACAUAUAGUCUGAGGAUCCCUCAUCAACAGCAAUAUGUUGGACCUGGAUGCAGCAAAGAAACAGACUUCAGACGGACUAUGUGAGCAGGCAUGAAUGUUUUUUCAGCCAUGGACUAAAACAGGAACAGUGGUACCAAACAGAAACAGUGGACCUCCACCAUCCUGCCAUGGAGGGGUCAACUGCCAGAAAAAAAACUGGAUAUGGAUAUCACAAAAAAGACGCUCCUGUUGGCCACCCCAUGCUUGCCCGGCAGUCCACAGCAGACUUCAGCAGUGACGAGAGCGUUCAGCCCAGGAGACUGAAUGGUUCAUCAGCUGAGACACCCAGCUAUCAGCACCUGCACCGGGAGCUGAUGCUCAGCCACAAACGGGGCCUCCUGCUGGAGGAGAAACCGGAGCUGAAGCGAGUGUUGGAGCAGCGCAGACUGGAGCUGCACAAAGAGGAGGAGAUGGCCCGACGGCGGCCCUCAGACCUGGAGACGGAGCUUCGCAAGAGGCAGCAGAAGCUGGAAGAGUAUGAGCAGGAGGAGAUCAGGCGGCGGGAGAACCAGCAGAAGAUCCCAGAGUUUGUCCGUGUGAAGGACAACCUGAGGAGAACCCAGACAUCUGAGCAGUGAGGCUCCCAUCACCACAGAAGCCCUGUCUUUAUCUGCUGAGUCACUUAAACCAAAAAAAACAAAAAACAUCACAGAAUCAUUCAUACCAGGAAAAACAUAAUCCACACUUAGAAACGUCUUCCUAAAGUGUCCCAGUUCUGUUUCUGAGAGGCAGAGGAAGUGCUUAUUUUGUAUUUGUUCUCAUGUGGAUGAGUAUUUACGGAAGAGAAAUUACUGCUGUUGAGA